GGCACAACAGCAAAUGGGACCAACUGGGUAGGAUACCUGGUAACCACAUACAAUAAAACAAUAAUUCUGAGCUACAACUUGGCCAUGUAUGGCGCAACGGUAAACAACUCUAUUGUGUCCAACGUGCGAGAGGAUCUGGUGCAUCAAAUGCUCGAAUUUGACACGCAUUACUGUUCAAGCACAUUCUGGUCCCCAGAUACCUCCAUGUUUGCAAUUUGGAUCGGGAUCAAUGAUAUUGACUUUAGCUACCUCGACAAUGAUCCCUAUUCCAAGUUCCCGUCUAUCCUGGAGAGCUAUUUCUCCAUGUUGCUUACUCUGUAUGACUGUGGAGCACGUCACUUUAUGCUAAUCAAUGUGCCACCUACCACUCGGGCUCCAGAGAUGCUCGACUUGGAUCCCUUGAUAAGGCAGAAACACGAUCGAGCCAUCCGUGAGUACAACAGUCAGCUGCAGGAAGGAGUGAGAAACUGGCAGAAUAGUCACUCUGACACUUCGAUGAUGCUUUACGAUGCAUGGUCAUUGAUGACUACGGUCCUUGAUUACCCCGAGAAAUACGGAUUCACUGACAACAGAUGCAUCGGUCAGAAAUGCAUAUGGGCAGAUGAUUAUCAUCCUAGUUCAGCUUUCCAUCGGCUUUUGGCGUCUAAUAUUCCGACAGCUGGAACGACAUUGUAA